GUGGGCACCCGCGGCCGCGCGCGAGGUCUUUUGGUCCCUGCCGGCCACUGUCCCGACCCUUUUCCGCUUCCUCUGCUUCCUGCGCACGCGCGGCGCCGCAGCCACCGGCCAUUUCUCCUUCAGUCUGAAAGGACGUUGGUGUCGCGGAGGGUGACUACCAUGGCUCCGGGUGCUUUGGCGAAACCUCAGAUGCGUGGCCUUCUGGCCAAGCGUCUCCGCUUUCACAUUGUUGGAGCUCUCAUUGUAUCCCUGAGUGUUGCAGCUUUCUAUAAGUUUGCUGUGGCGGAACCAAGAAAGAAAGCAUAUGCAGAUUUCUACAGAAACUAUGAUCCCGUGAAAGAGUUUGAGGAGAUGAGGAAGGCGGGUGUCUUUCAGAGCACAAAAUGAUUCCAGAAAGUAGAGAAUUUUUCGGUUGACCUCAUGGAAAUUUGUCAUUUAUUCUGAACUAUGACACAGAUACUUGGAUAAGAAAUACUUUCUCUUGAUAAAUAAACAUUAACAAAUACAAUGAUA